UGGAGGAAAAUCGGAAGGCAGUGUCCCGUGAGCCUUUGCAUGCGCGAUAAGCGGCGUGAACGAAGUUUGGACUUUGAAGAAAAAGCCAUCACAAUGAGUGAAGAAAAUAAGGAAGUAAAGCCAGAGUCGGAGCACAUCAACUUGAAAGUCAUGGGUUCGGAUAACUCCGAGGUCCAUUUCAAAAUAAAGAAGACCACACAGUUGAAAAAAUUGAAGGCAGCCUAUUGUGACAGACAGGGUGUUCAGAUGAACUCAGUACGAUUUCUUUUCGAUGGACAAAGAAUAAAUGAUGAUCAAACUCCUAAACAGCUUGAAAUGGAAGAUGAUGAUGUAAUUGAAGUAUACCAAGAGCAGACAGGUGGAUUAUGAGGAGAGGUGCAUUCCCUGAGUUCAAUACAAACUGUACAUUAGAAACAUACUGCAACAGCAUUGCUACCAUGCCAAGAUCUGCACUUUCCCAGGAUUGUUGAUAUAGGCGAACAUUUUCUAGCUGGCAGGACCAUGGAUUGCCAUUUUAUCUGCAUAUUUUUUUUUUAUGUUUGUAAUGUUGAUGUUGUAGUUCUAUCAAAUGACAAUAAUAAGAAGUAUGCUCAUCUUAUGAUGAGGAGCAAAUUCUGCACCACUUAUGUUUGAAUAUCCAUUUUGUAAUAAAUUAAGACUACAUGUUUUUCUUUCAUUUAUUAUAUGUUCUUUGAAUUUCCCUUCAUCCAAACCAAAUGCUUUUUAAAGGACGUAUCAAAAGAACAAUCUGGUUGCAGAAUUUCUCCUUGUAUCUCUUUAUCUUAACAUUGUUACCUCUAAGUCAGUAUAUAUAUUUUUCAUUUUGACUAUUGAGUAAAGUGAUUUAUUCAA